AUGGACGAUGAAUCUGCUUUACAUGUAAAGGACUCAGAGCCCAAUUUAAUUCCUGAUACCACCCUAAGGAUAGGAGGAGAGAGCUUUUAUGUCAACCGUCAAUGCUUGGCCCUCCAGAGUCCAUACUUUAGGGCUCUCUUCUUUGGAUGUGGUGUGGAGAGCAACAAAAAGCAGGUAGAAAUCAAAGGCGUUGCUCCGCAACAUUUCAAAGUGUUGAUGGAGCACAGCAAGACACACAGCCUGACUUUGGACAGAGAAAAUAUUCUGGGGAUCUUUGAGACUGCAAACUAUUUACAAAUGGAGCAAGCUAAACUUCUGUGCUGCAAGUUUCUCGAGCGUGAGCUGCACCUUAGCAACUGUUUGGGAAUGAUGGCCUAUGCCUGGCAGUUUGGCUGCACUCCAUUAUACACUGCAGCACGACAGGUGGCACUCACACACUUCUCAGCAAUCACGGCUCUGAAUGACUUCCUGUAUCUUACAAAAGAGUCCUUAGCAAAUCUCCUUGCCAGCGAUGACCUGGCCCUCUUUAAAGAUGACUUGGUCCUGGAAGCCACCCUACGAUGGGUGUUGUUCGACCCUAAAAGAGAGGAACAUUUCCUGGAGCUCGUUGAGCUGGUGAGGCCUGAGUCUCUCUCGUUACCAUUUAUUUCUGAACUUUUGACCACGAUGAAAUGCUCUGACCCCAAAGCCAGGCUCAUCAGCAAGCUCAAUGAACAUUUCCCAGCCUCUUGGUCAGUGGGACGAUCGAUGAGGAGGGUCAGGGAGACGCUCCUUGUCCUGGGUGGGCCUCACGAUCAGGAUGAACAGGCACUGUAUCUGUUUCACCCUCAGACUGGACGAUGGCAGAGCUGUGCACCUCUGCAGAGGAAGAACCUAACUCAGUAUGCUGUUGCUGCAGUGGGUAAUGACUGAGACAGUGUGGUUGUGACAGGGGGUUACUUCCGGGACGUGCUGUGGUUCAGUGUGGACUGGGUCAGGAUUUAUGAAUGUGGGAACCAGCGCUGGUUAGAUGGGCCGGCGCUGCAGAAGUCCAGACACAGCCACUGCUCCAUAGGGCUUGAUUCAGCUCUGUACGUUCUGGGCGGCAGCAUGGACGAAGGCCUUGUGGCUGAUGUGGAGAAGCUGGUCCUGAGGUCAGAAGAUGGUUGGGAGGGACUGAGCCCCAUGGUCAGGGCAGUGGAAAGGGCUGCCACUGCUGCUGUGGGAACGUGUAUCUAUAUAGCAUGUGGUCUGGAUGAAAACGGAGACGUGUAUGCUGGAAUUCAGAGGUAUGUGGUGAAUAAGGAUCAGUGGGAUGUGGUCUCCUACUCUCCAUUUCCCCGAUACGACUUGGUUGCCACAGAGCUCAACGGUGCUCUCUACCUGUUUGGAGACCAAGCGCUACGUUUUGACGUAGAGACGGAUGAAUGGACUGUGCUAGAAGAAGAAACUCUGGAGAGAAAGUUCUUCUCUGGCUGCACCACAGUGAGAGGUCAGAUCUACCUGGUCAGUGAGAGGAAAAGUAACAAAGCUGUCCCAAACAUGAUGCUGCUCGACCCCUACAUAGACACAUGCAUAGAGGUGGAAGACGCCAUGCCCUGCCAUGUUCCCAUCAGAGGAUGCGUCACCAUGAAAAUGGUCACAUAG